UGUCCAUUAAACGUUUUAAUAGAUUUUGUUUAAGUCUACAAUUACAAAAAUGUGGUUAAACUUGUUAAUAUUCCUUACAAUUAAUGUGAUUCUAGUAAAGAGUAAUGAUGAUUUAAAAGUAUGCCUUGAAAAUUUGGGCUGUUUAGAGGGUACCGAAAUGCCUGGCUUUAGUGGUGAUAAUUUUGAGGCAUUCCUAGGAGUACCGUUUGCUAAGCCACCUAUAGAUGAUUUAAGAUUUCGUAAUCCUGAACCGGUAGAACCGUGGCAAGGUGUCUUAUCGGCUAAAGCAGCAAAAUCAGACUGUAAGCAGAGAAAUUACUUAAUUCCCCAUUGGCCUAUAGUGGGUGAUGAGGAUUGCUUGUAUAUGAAUAUAUAUCGACCUAAAGGUGUGGUGUCAGACAAACCGUUACCGGUUAUAUUUUACAUUUAUGGUGGAGGAUUUUUUAGCGGUUCUUCAAAUCCAGCCAUUAUGGGUCCUGAGUAUUUUAUGGAUACACGGGAAGUGUUGGUAGUAGUGAUUACUUAUCGUUUGGGACCUUUUGGCUUUCUAAGUACUGGCUGUAGUGAGAUGCCAGGAAAUUUUGGUCUAAAGGAUCAGUUAUUGGCUUUGAAGUGGGUCAAUGACCACAUAAAGCCGUUUGGAGGAGAUCCGAAUCAAGUUACUUUAUUUGGUCAUAGCGCGGGUGCCAGUGCAGUUCAUUUUCAUAUGAUAAAUCCGAAAGCAAAAGGCCUUUUCAAACAAUCGAUUCUAAGUAGUGGCAAUGCCCUAGCACCCUUUGUGGGUAUUCUAGAUAAACCCUUAGAACAAUUACAUACCAUAUCUCAAGCCCUUGGCAUUGAGUCAGUACAAACUCAAAAUUCCAAGGAGUUAGCGGAUAAACUACGAACUAUAGAAGCUGAUAAAAUUUUACUUGCGGGAGACUCUUUGAAAUUUUGGUUCAAUAAUAUACUUUUCAAUUUUCGGCCCGUAAUAGAGGAUGCCUCUGAUAGUAAUGCCUACUUAAUUGAACAUCCUUAUGACACCUUACGACAUGGUAACUAUGAAUUAAAACCGUGGCUUACAGGUCUGGUAUCGUAUAAGGGUGAAGGGGCCGCUAUAUCAUUAAAUAUUUACGAUAAUCAAACUUUAAGGGCAGAAUUAAAUAAAAAUUUCGAUGAGACGAUAAUGAAAAUGUUGGAUUUAAAAAACAACGAGCAGUUAAACAGAUUUAUAGAGGAAUAUAUGCAGGGAGUUCAUGAGUUAAAUGCGAAUACUGGCGAUGGUUUUUUGGAAUUGUUUAGUGAUUAUAAUUUCUAUUUCCCGGUAUAUAAGACACUUAAACAUUAUUUCGAUUAUGCUGAUAUUGAUAAGAAUCCGGUGUAUAUUUAUAAAUUUUCCUAUCAUGGCCCGUAUACUUAUGUGCCUAUAUACACCGCAGGUUCUACGAAUCGUUAUGAUGUUGUCCAUUUUGAUGAUUUACUUUAUCAGUUUCGUCAAUCGGCAUUAUUUCCGGAUUUCGAAAAGGAUUCCAUAGAUGCUAAAUUAUCCAAGGAGUUUGUGGGUAUUUUACUGGAAUUUGUGAAGACAGGCAAACCCUUGCAUUAUGACGAUGUUGGUUCGUGCUCUAAGGAACAGUUUUUAACAUCUGGUUUAAAAGGCAUGUGUAAAUAUUUGGAGUUUAUUAAUGAAGAUGGCGGUUAU